GCGGAACCAAAAACCAACGCGAGUCUCCCAACCCAAGCUGCCGUAAAAAUAAAAUAAAAACCCUCCGUUUUGUUGUAAAGAACCGGCACGUCUCAUUGACUUGCCCGCCGUCUCUCCGAGCUCACACGGCCACACGCACUCCUCUCCGCUCAUGUUGAACCAUUCCCAUUCCCGAUCCGAUUCCCGUUCCCCCUUCCUCCACGGCUUCCCCCACGCAGUCGACACCCCGUCGCCGGAGCCGCGGGAAAGGGCAACCGCGCCGUCGAGGAUGGACGCGCCGUCGUCGUCGGGGCGGCCGACGACGCCGAGGCGGCAGCUGCAGGGCCCGCGCCCGCCGCGGCUCAACGUGAGGAUGGAGUCGCACGCCAUCAAGAAGCCCUCGGGAGCUGCGCCGGCGCAGAUGCAGGGGAGGCGGGAGCAGCAGCCCGGGCCGCCGCCGCGGGCGCCGGUCAUCAUCUACGACGCGUCGCCCAAGGUCAUCCACGUCAAGCCCAGCGAGUUCAUGGCGCUUGUGCAGCGGCUCACCGGCCCGGGAUCCGGCGGGCCGCCCGCCGAUGCGCAGCAGGAGCACCAGCCGGAUGACGCCGUGCUGGGACAGUUGACGUUCCUGCCGCCGGAGCUGCUGCUCUCGCCGUCGGCCGCGAUGUCCCCAGCCGCGCGGCUGGCGACAAUCGAGAGGUCCGUCCGUCCGAUGCCCGCGCCGGUGCCGGACUACUUGGACGUCCAGGACGGCGGGGUCGACGAUGGCACCCUCGCGGCGAUCCUUGGCCCGGCGCGGCCCGGCAUCCUGUCCCCGCUGCCGUCGUCGCUCCCGCCGGCCGCGGCGUCUGGGCUGUUCUCGCCGCUGCCGUUCGACCCGAGCUGCAUCAGCUGGCUGAACGAGCUCAGCCCGAUCCUCAGAGCCGCCUCCACUGCCAACGUCGGCGCCGGCGCAUCCUCGUCCGGCAUCGGAGGCGGCGGCGGCCCGAGCAACGGCUCCUCCCGGCCGCCGCCGUCCUACUACGCCGAUCCGUUCGUGCCCAGCCCCCGCAACCUCCUCGCCACACCCACCGUGCCGUCGCCGGCGACCUGCGCGGAGUUCUUCGGCAGCCUGCCGGAUCUUUAGCUCGCCGCCGCGCCCGUCCAAGACAGCAGAAGCAGCGGCCGAAACUUGGCUACAUUUUUCCACUUCUUUUUCUUGCUACUUUUUUUUCUGAGGGUAGGCGCAAGGUAGUGGGGCCGGCACUGAUGCUAAUCUGAUUAGUGCUCCGUUUCAUCCUUUGCUGAUUGUUCUUGAGCAACCACUAGGCAGCAGCAGCACAGCUGGGAGUGAGAACAAGAACAGAAUAGAGAAAGCAAUGGCAAAAGUUUUCAGUAGCAGUAGCAGAUGACUAGAAGCAACCGGCCGGCUCAGCACUUUGUUGGAUUCUUCUUCUCUGUUUUUUCAUCUCUUGUGUAGGCCAAAGAAAUGAUUGUUUGUUUAAUGGAGGAUUUGUUAAUUCUUUAAGUUUGGUGGUGUGCUUAUGAUUA